AUGGACCUGAGUAGCAUGAGGAAAAAAUACAAGGGAGAUGAAGACUGCUUUGAGGAGAAUCAGCUUGCAUCCCUGGACCCCAUCAAACAGUUUAAGAACUGGUUUGAUGCAGCCGUAGAAUGCCCUGAAAUUGGAGAAGCCAAUGCGAUGUGUAUAGCCACUGCCACAAAGGAAGGACGCCCAUCUGCCCGAAUGGUACUUCUGAAAGGUUACAACAAUGAAGGAUUCCGCUUCUUUUCAAACUACGAGAGCAGAAAAGGUUUUGAACUGGAGACCAAUCCAUAUGCAUGUCUGGUGUUUUACUGGGAACCUCUGAACAGACAGAUUCGUAUUGAAGGAACCGUAGACAAGAUCCCACAUCAGCUUUCUUCUGACUACUUCCAUUCUCGACCAAAGAGCAGCCAGAUCGGAGCCGUGGUGAGCCGUCAGAGCACUCCAGUCCCUAACAGAGAUUAUCUAAGGCAGAAAGAUGCAGAAUUAGUGGAGAAAUACAAGGACUGUGAAGUACCGAUGCCUGACUAUUGGGGAGGCUACAUGGUCAAGCCUUACAUGAUUGAGUUUUGGCAGGGUCAGACCAACAGACUUCACGACCGAAUCGUGUUUACCAAACUAAAGCCUGGAGAGGAGCUGGGGGAGUUUCAGCACAUGGGAGAGGAAGGGUGGGUGUAUCAAAGACUGUCUCCUUAA